GGGCUCUUUCCCCCCCCACCCACCCUUCCCCUCUCUGCACUUUUCUUUUAAAAUGCUACCAUGGAGAACGUGAUCCGUCCGGUCUGCGGGGCGAGUGGGGGUGGACUGGUGCCCAGGAGCCGAGGGCCAUGGUACCUGUUGAAAGCCCAGAGGAGCCUACGCUGCUGCCCCAGAAGGGGACAGCCACCGAGAAGGCUGAUGGCAGCCGUGCAGCCCGCGGGGACCUGCAUCCUCCCGGAGAGGCAAGAGGGUGCAGCAUGUUCACUUUCCUGUCGUCUGUGACUGCGGCUGUCAGCGGUCUUCUGGUGGGCUAUGAGCUCGGGAUCAUCUCCGGAGCCCUGCUGCAGAUCAGAGCCGAACUAGCCCUGGGCUGCCAUGAGCAGGAGAUGGUGGUGAGCGCCCUGCUCAUCGGGGCCUUCCUGGCUUCUCUCUGCGGCGGGAUCCUGAUCGACAGGUAUGGAAGAAGGCUUGCCAUUAUCCUGUCAUCCUGCCUCCUGGGGCUGGGAAGCUGCAUCCUGAUCCUCUACUUGUCCUACCCGGUUCUCGUCGUGGGACGAAUUGCUCUGGGCAUCUCCAUCUCCCUCUCUUCAAUCGCCACUUGUGUUUACAUCGCAGAGAUUGCCCCCCAGCACAGAAGGGGCCUCCUGGUGUCCCUGAAUGAACUCAUGAUUGUCAUUGGUAUUCUUUUUGCCUAUAUUUCAAAUUACGCAUUUGCCAAUGUCUCCCAUGGCUGGAAGUAUAUGUUCGGUCUUGUUAUUCCCUUGGGAGUCUUGCAAGCGAUUGCCAUGUAUUUUCUCCCUCCAAGCCCUCGGUUCCUGGUGAUGAAAGGAAAAGAAGAAGCUGCUGGCAAGGUUCUCGGAAGAUUACGAGCAAUCUCCGACCCAACCGAGGAACUCACUGUGAUAAAAUCUUCCCUGAAAGAUGAAUAUCAGUAUAGUUUUGGGGAUCUGUUUCGUUCCAAGGACAACAUGAGGACCCGGAUAAUGAUAGGCUUGACAUUGGUGUUUUUUGUGCAGAUCACGGGGCAGCCAAACAUACUAUUCUAUGCAUCAACUGUUUUGAAGUCUGUUGGUUUUCAAAGUAACGAGGCAGCGAGCCUUGCCUCUACUGGGGUUGGGGUGGUCAAGGUCAUUAGCACCAUCCCAGCCACUCUGCUUGUAGACCACAUCGGGAGUAAAACCUUCCUCUGCAUAGGCUCCUCCGUGAUGGCAGCUUCGUUGAUGACUAUGGGCAUCGUGAAUCUCAACAUUCACGUGAACUUCACCAAUAUCUGCAGGAGCCAUGGGCCUACCAACCAGUCCUUGGAAGAGUCUGCAUUUUAUGGAGUAAGAAACCUCUCAGCGGACCACAACAGCUUCAGAGAGCCCUUUACAGGGGUCACUCCUCAUAGCAGGAGCUCCCUACUGCCCAUGAGAAAUGACAAGAAAGGGGAGCUGACUUGGGAAUCCUUUCCAAAUGCUGGACUAAGCCAAACUGGAAACCAAGUCCCAGACCCGGGGGAAGUCCCAGCGUUUUGGAAGUGGCUCUCUUUGGCCAGCUUGCUUGUUUAUGUUGCUGCUUUUUCAAUUGGCCUAGGACCAAUGCCCUGGCUGGUGCUCAGCGAGAUUUUUCCUGGUGGGAUUAGAGGACGGGCCAUGGCGUUAACUGCUAGCAUGAACUGGGGCAUCAACCUCCUCAUCUCUCUGACCUUUUUGACCGUAACUGACCUGGUUGGCCUCCCGUGGGUGUGCUUUAUCUAUGCCAUCCUGAGUCUCGCCUCUCUGGCUUUUGUCGUUGUGUUUAUACCUAAGACAAAAGGAUGCUCCUUGGAGCAGAUCUCAGUGGAGCUGGCCAAAACGAAUUAUGUGAAAAACAACAUUUGCUUUAUGAGUCAUCACCAAGAGGAAUCCGUGCCAAGUCAGCUUCAGAAAAGGCCAGCCCACAAGCAGUGUCAAAGACUGUGUGGUCAGGGACAACCAAAGCGGCCGUCUCCAGAGGCCUAGUGGCCGCACAGCCAUGGGGCACAGAACACCGCACCGGGUGGCUUGUGCCAGUGCUUUCUCUCCAGUGCUGUGGAGCGAGUUCUGAGGACGCCUGCAAUGACAAACGUUGCCUCCCCUCCCCUGGGAAAGAGAACCUCAAAAGGUGGUUGAGAAAGUCAGUUUCCUCUUCUGAACAAUGUCAUUGUCAUGCUUCAGUCCUGACUUGCAGUGGGCCCCACAGGCAGAGCCGAACUCUCUUUCCCAGGCCGUAAUCUGCCAGGAAGCGGGCUGCCAGGUCUACUCUCCCGGCAUCAGCUGUGGGCUUAAACUUGUCUUUUGGUUAGCAGCCCCAUGCGCCAACCCUUGCGCCACCAGAAAGAACCCUUUGUCCCUAAGGAGCACCAGUUAAAUAUCCCGACUGGCGCCCCGGAGGCACCUGUAUCACAGAGCGGCCUUUGAAAGAGCCCUACUGAUGUGCUCACCUUUGCCUUAAGAGACGCACAGGGGCCUGGGCCAGCUUCAUUCUUCUGGUACGUGAGUGGCCUGGACACAUAUUUUCAGUUGACGAAAACACUAUUUUCACUGAGUUGUUUGUGAAAAGAGAGCCAGGAGACAACGUGGACAAUCGAAUUGCAUGAAUGUUCUAUAUUAGGAUAGGGUCCUGGCUAGGAUUUCAAUGAUACCUCCUAGUUAGAACUCCACAAGCAGAGAUUAUACGGCUUAUUUUAAGAAUUAUGAGUAUCAAUUAAUGCAGAGCAUCUUAGUGUUAUUAAUUUCAUGUUAGUUUUGUAAAAAUGGGCCAAGAAACAAUCCUGCCACCAUUGAGGAAAAUAAGCAUGUUUUUCCUUCCCCAUCUGCUUUCUGAUGCACAUAUAGAAACCAUCAUCUUAAUUAAGCACACGGGACCAUCGUGAUUUAGAAGUAGCCAUUAGUAACACAUUAGAAAAGAGGUCAGACUACUCCGCAAUUUACCCAAAGCUCUAAUUAGGUUUGAGUUAACUUUACAAAAUUCUGUGUGUCAAGCUUUCACGAAAAUAGAGAUGCAAUCCGUUUUCUACAACAGUAAGUGCUCCUCAGGAAUCUCACUACCUCACACUGGGUCCCGCUGUAACUGAUACACACAGAUGACCGCAGGCACAACUCAGACUUCAAAUCCCUCACCACCACACUGAUGCAAACGCAAGACUCGGAGCCACCCAGAAACGGGCUGUCAUCUUCCUGACAAGGGAGGACUCGCUUCUUUCUCCAGGUUAACACUUGGCCAGGCAUCUUACCAGUAGCAUUUGUAGACAAUCCACGAUAGUCUCUAGCCACUUACGUAGUAGUCUAGGAAUCACUAAUAUUAUAAGCUAUGGAAGACGCAAUGGGAAAGAGUGAAGAAAGUCUUAGAAAAUACAAUUAACCCGAAGAAAAGAGAAUCAAUCCUAUGAACCAAAACCCUUGAGAUCAAAAGACGAAGACCUUUAUGGGCCUGACUUCUCCCUUAUGGGCCCCUAGCUGCUUGAACUUGAUCUAAAAGUAUAUGACUUAUGACGUCUCAUAACAAAGCAGAAAGACUAUAAUAAAUCGUGUAAGCAACAAUAAAGCUGUAUUAUCUGA